AUAAACUCUGAGCUAUCUUUCAUAGCGUUUCAUUAGAGAGGCGGCUUUGAGGCUGAAAAGUAGGUUAUCCUCUCAUCUAACCCACAGCUACCUGGCUGCUGUACGAGACCCACUGGAGCUUGGGGCAGAGCAGAGGGCGAUGUGGGUGCAUUGCUUUUUGAGGUCUGGGUUGCUGUGUGUCACUCUGCUCCUUGUCACCACCAAGCUCAAGCCAUCUCAGUCUUCCUUCACCAAGAGUUGUCACUCAAGGGAGUCCCUGUCCCAAGCUGUGGACAACCUCUACGUCACAGCGGCCAGGCUGAAGGCCACCGUUCCAGAAGACCGCAUAAAAAACAUACGAUUAUUAAAAAAGAAAACAAAGAAGCUAUUUAUGAAAAGCUGCAGAUUCCAGGAACAGCUUCUUUCUUUCUUUAUGGAAGAUGUUCUUGAUCAGCUCCAGUUACCCGCUUGCAAGGAAAUACAUUUUGUAGAAGACUUUCACAGCCUCAGGCAGAAAUUGAGGCGCUGUAUUUCCUGUGUUUCAUCAGGAGGAGAGAUGAAACCUAUUACCAGGAUGAAGAGAACAUUUUAUAGGAUUGGACACAAAGGAAUUUAUAAAGCCAUCAGUGAACUGGAUAUUCUUCUGUCCUGGAUUAAAGAGCUAUUAGAAAAUAUUUCAUAAGCCAAGAAGCCAACCACACUGACUUGAUAGUAAUUUUGAAAUGCAACAAGAGCCACUAGAAAAUAAAUAACUGAUAACCCCAUAUUUAGUUUUGAAAGUUUUAUAAAUAUUACUGACAGGUGAUUCAGAAUAGCUGAAAGAGACUUAAUGUAAUAAAAUUUGGACAUAAGUAAAUUGUCAUAAAUUUGUACAUUUUCUAUGUGUUCAGAGAAUAUUUUCACCAUGAUAUUUUAUGUAUAAGCACAUUAUAUAAAUCUAUAAUUUAAGGUAUACAAACUGAAUUAACUCAUAUAUGAGCUGUGAUAGAAAAAUAUGGUGACUAUUUAAAUAUAUGGUAAAAGAUCACUGCCAUGAAUUUUGCUCAAAAUAAUCUCCUUUGCUCAACAUACAUUUAUUUGAUUGUUCUUCCCAC